UCCGAGGAUAAUUAAUAUGGAUAUGUUUCGUUCGGUUCUUGAGACGGUACCAAAGACGCGAACACAAAUGGUCAAUGAACUCGACAUCCCGGAGAAUGUGACAGUUACUCCCUACAUCUUGAGCGAGCCAGAGGAUACUACGGAGAGUGACGGCAUACCGUCUGUUAGUAUAGACGAGUUUGAUGCAAAGACAAUCAGCUCCGACUCCAGCCCGGCGUUAUCAAGAGCUAUGACAGAUUCAGAGAUAGAUUAUAGUAGAUAUAGGAGGUUCAAAAACAGGAGUCUAAGUGAUCCGUGGGUCCACAUGAGAAACGCGCUCGAUGCUUUUUCGCCCGAGUUUCUCGACUCCUUGAAUAGUUUUCAAGAUACUCCAUCGGACACCUUAGAAAAGUCUCCCUUGAAGCGACAUCGAUACAACGAGGAAUUAAAAUUAAAGAUGGAGCGCUUUUUCGAAGAGGAGUGCCGUGUAUUCUCUUCUGAUGACCCUGGUUUGAUAGCUCUGGAAGACGCCUUGAGGAGUACUGGCUUUAAGGCAGACGAGCAAAUUGGCAACCUGAUUGAGUCAGAAGUAAGCAGCAACGCUUCAUGAGCGUGAUUUAAUAUGGUGACCACUUUAAAGCUGUCCCUUUUCGCCUUCGAAUACUUC